GAGAUGUGUACAAAGGGAAAUUACCAGAUGGUCGUCUUGUAGCUGUGAAGGUCCUCAAUGCAUCCAAGGAAAAUGGUGAUGAAUUUAUCAAUGAAGUUGCAAGCAUUAGUAGAACUUCCCAUGUCAAUAUUGUUUUGCUUCUUGGAUUUUGUUUAGAGGGUGAAAAAAGAGCAUUGAUCUAUGAGUUUAUGCCAAAUGGAUCUCUAGAAAAGUUCAUCUUCAAUGAAAGCACUUUGGAGGAAAGUAAGCACUUGGGAUGGGAAAAAUUGUAUAGUAUUGCAGUUGGAAUAGCACGAGGGCUUGAGUACUUACACCGUGGAUGCACCACAAGGAUUUUACAUUGGACAUAAAGCCUCACAACAUUCUUCUUGAUGAAGAGUUUUGCCCAAAGAUCUCUGAUUUUGGGCUGUCCAAAUUAUGCACCAGAAAAGAUAGUAUUGUGUCAAUGAUGGAGCCUAGAGGGACGGCUGGGUAUAUAGCUCCAGAAGUCUUUAGUAGAAACUUUGGAGCUGUUUCACACAAAUCUGACAUCUAUAGCUAUGGAAUGAUGAUUCUUGAAAUGGUUGGAGGAAAGAAGAGCAUUCAAAUGGGGGUAAAUGUUAGCAGUGAGUAUUUUCCUGAUUGGAUUUACAAACAUCUAGAACUGGUUGAUGAACAUGAAUUGGAAGGUUUGAGGUCUAAAGCAGAAAUUGAUACUGAAAAGAAGAUGAUAUUAGUGUGCCUCUGGUGCAUUCAAACAAAACCUUCUGAUAGGCCAUCAAUAAAUAAGGUGAUUGAGAUGUUGGAAGGAAGUGUAGAAGCUUUGCCAAUUCCACCCAAGCCUCUCCUUUCUUCUCCUCCAAGAUCAACACUGCCAGUGCCAAAUUCUGGUACAACAUCACUGUCAGUGCCAGAUUCUGGCACUACAGCAAGUUGUGAUAGUGGAACGGUUUUGGGGGGCUGUGGUGGAAUAGAAGGGAUGAGGUUUGGUAGUUCCAUUAGUGAUUUGGGGAUGGCAGGUGGCGAAAUUGAAACAUUACUUAGUCUUGUUCACCUUACAGAGGUUGAAGAUAGCUUUCUUCCCUUGCUAUUGGUCUGGAAACUAGAUGAUUCCUGGUUGAAAGAGUUGCGGUUGGUGGGAAAGAUUUUUUCCAAGAAGAGGAUUCAUGCAAGGGUGGCUGGUGUUAAGGGCACAUCAAUGAACCCUUUCCUUCUGCCUGCCGGUUAAGUGUCUCUCUGGAUGGACAGAGCAUUGUAGUGUCGGGAGACACUACAUUGCCAAAUCCACUUAUCUCCUAUGCUAGGUCGGGUGGUACAAUAGAUGUGAUUGCCAGUAGCGUCAGAAAGCUCUAAUGCAUUCUUUCUACAUAAUUACAUAGCUUUAUUAUAUCCCUUUGACAUAUACUGAUAUGUAGAGAUUUCCAGUUCUUAAUUGUCUUAUUUGUAUAGAGCACUUAGCUCUAUAUAUUAGUGUUAUUGGUCCUUCCUAGCUUUUCUUUUUCCAGAUUAGCCUAUAUGACAAUGUAUAGUUUGCAUUGUAAUUGUUUUUCAAUUAUUAAUACAACUAUACUUCUUUU